AUGACAAACAGAGAUGAAUAUUCACCAUUAGUUGAUAUAACAGAAACAUCAAAAGCACCAUUAGAUAAAAAUGGUUUAGCAUGGAUUUGUUUUUUAAUUUUAGGUGUUGGAUUAUUAUUCCCAUUCAAUUGUUAUGUAGCAGCAUCAGAUUAUUUUUCAGAUUUAUAUGGUGAUUCAUAUUCAUUUUUAAUGUCAUUAGCAUAUAAUUAUAUUCAAUGGUUAUUAUUAUUUGUAUCGAUAUUUGUUAUGCCAAGAUUUUCAUUCAAAUCACGUACGAUUUUAUUUUUAUUAGCAGGUUCAUUGAUUUUAUUCUAUAUGCCAUUCAAUAAUAUGAUAUUUGGUAGAAAUGAAAAGGUAUCAAUGGGUAUUAGUUUAUUGUGUACCUUUGCAUCAGGUUGUUUAGCUUCAUUGUUGUUUGGUACUGUUUUAGGCUUGGUAGCAUUGUUUCCAGGCGAAUAUACAGGUGCUGUAAUGAGUGGUAACGGUGUUGCCGGUAUGAUUGCAAUGGCGUUGCAAAUCAUUACCAAGGUAUCCGUGCCUGCAACUGCACAUGGCAAUCAAGAGAGUGGCUUGAUCUUCUUCUUUUUGGCAGGCGGUGUAUUAAUCAUUUGUUUACUAUGUUUCUUGGUUUUAUUGCAGUUACCAAUUACAAAGUACUAUUUAGCAAAUUUCGAAGCUUCAAAAUUGAAGGAGAAUGGUAGUGUCAACGGCAUCGAAAGUGGUGAUGGUGAUGCCAAACCAAAGAAAUCUGCACGUCAAUGGAUGGGCGAGCUUUUAAAUAUCCUCAAAAAGGUUUGGAGAGAGGCAUUGGUUGUUUUCACAGUUUUCUUUACUACACUCUCAAUUUUCCCUGGCUUAACUCAACUUAUUCAAACAAGUAAUGAACAUCAGUUAUCAUCCGAUUGGUUUAUCAUUGUUUUCUUUUCAAUCUUUAUGGUUGGUGAUUUCAUUGGAAGAACCGUUCCAAAAUGGUUUAUCAUUUUCACUCCUUCAAAUCUUUGGAUUCCAACUUUCCUUCGUCUUGCCUUCUUCCCAUUAUUUGCACUUUGUAUUAAACCUUUAGUAUUUAAUAAUAAUGCUUGGUAUUUCGUUUUUAUGUUUAUUUUUUCAAUUUCAAAUGGUUAUUGUGGAACACUUGCAAUGAUUUUUGGUCCAACAAAAGCUGAAGAACAUGAAAAAGAAUAUGCAGGAAUUAUUAUGUCAUUCUUUUUAAAUUUUGGUAUUUGGGUAUCAACUCAUUUUGCAUUUUUAUUAAGUUAUUUAGUAACUGGAUCCACUGGUAUUAAUUUCUAA